AUAACCAGCUCCCAGGAGGCAGGAGGGUUGGAAGCUGUGCUCAGCAAUCUUCUAGGCCUCCUGGAGUACUGUCUCUUUAAGGAUGGGUCUCCCGGGGAAGGUCGGCUUUCCCUUGGGGCUCCUGCUUGCCUCUGUGCUCCUGGUGUCUUCAGCACCGACCACUCCCCAGGAGCCACAGGGCUGCAGCAACAAGGAGCAACAGGUCACCGUCAGCCACACGUACAAGAUCGAUGUGCCCAAGUCCGCCCUGGUCCAGGUGGAAGCUGACCCGCAGGCCCUCAGUGACGAUGGGACACCGCUCUUGGCCUUGGGGGAGGGUGGGGACGAGCAGAACUUCAUCUUCAGGCACAACAUCCGCCUUCAGACACCACAGAAGGACUGCGACUUGGCAGACAGCAUCCAGGACCUCCUGGCCCGUGUGAAGAAGCUGGAGGAAGAGAUGGCGGAGAUGAAGGAGCAGUGUAACCCCCAGCGCUGCUGCCCAGGAGCUGCGGGUCUGAGCCGCCGCUGCAGCGGCCACGGCACUUUCCUGCCUGAGACUUGCAGCUGCCUCUGCGAGCAGGGCUGGGAGGGCGCCGACUGCGAGCUGCCCACCUGCCCCGGGGCGUGCAGCGGUCACGGGCGCUGCGUGGACGGGCACUGCGUGUGCGACCGGCCCUACGUGGGGGUGGACUGCGCCUACGCCGCGUGCCCCCAGGACUGCAGCGGGCACGGCGUGUGCGUGCGCGGCGUGUGCCAGUGCCACGAGGACUUCACGGCGGACGACUGCAGCGAGCAGCGCUGUCCCGGCGACUGCAGCGGCCACGGCUUCUGCGACACCGGCGAGUGUUACUGCGAGUUGGGCUUCACGGGUCGCGACUGUUCCCAGGUGGUCCCCCCUCAGGGUCUGCAGCUACUCAAGAGCACAGAGACCUCCCUGCUGGUGAGCUGGGAGCCCACCAGCGAGGUGGACCACUAUCUGCUCAGCUACUACCCCCUGGGGAAGGAGCCGGCUACGAAGCAGAUCCAGGUGCCCAAGGAGCAGCACACCUAUGAGAUCCCCGGCUUGCAGCCUGGAACCAAGUAUAUAGUCACCCUGCGCAACGUGAAGAAAGACGUUUCCAGCAGCCCGCAGCAUCUGCUUGCCACCACAGAUCUCGCUGUGGUGGGCACUGCCUGGGUGAAUGAAGAGACUGAGACCUCCCUCGACGUGGAAUGGGAAAACCCUCUGACUGAGGUAGACUACUACAAACUGCGAUAUGGCCCCUUGACAGGGCAUGAGGUGGCUGAAGUCACUGUGCCCAAGAGCAAUGACCCCAAGAGUCGCUACGACAUCACUGGUCUGCAGCCUGGGACAGAGUAUAAAAUCACAGUUGUUCCUAUGAGAGGAGAUCUGGAGGGGAAACCAAUUCUCCUGAGUGGCAGGACAGAAAUUGAUGGUCCCAAGAACGUGAUCACUGAUCAGGUGACAGAAGACACGGCAGUCGUCUCCUGGGACCCGGUGAAGGCGGAUAUAGACAAGUAUGUGGUGCGCUACAUCUCCCCUGAUGGGGACGCCAAGGAGAAGGCAGUGCCCAAGGACGAGAGCAGCACCAUCCUGAAGGGCCUGAAGCCGGGGGAGGCGUACAAGGUCUACGUGUGGGCGGAGAGGGGCAGCCAGGGCAGCAAGAAGGCCGACACCAAGGCCCUCACAGAAAUUGACAGCCCAGAAAACCUGGUGACCGAUCGGGUGACGGAGAAUACCGCCUCUGUCUCUUGGAACCCGGUGGAGGCUGACAUCGACAGGUAUGUGGUGAGCUACACCUCAGCGGAUGGACAGACAAGGGAGGUUCCGGUGAGGAAGGAUCAGCACAGCACGGUCCUCACAGGCCUGAGUCCAGGUGUGGAGUACAAAGUCUACGUGUGGGCUGAGAAAGGGGACCGAGAGAGCAAGAAGGCAAACACCAAGGCUCCAACAGACAUUGACAGUCCUAAAAACUUGGUAGCUGACCGAGUGACAGAGAAUACAGUUACUGUCUCCUGGGACCCUGUGCAGGCCAACAUUGACAGAUACAUAGUGAGCUACACCUCUGCUGAUGGAGAGACCAGGGAGGUUCCAGUGGGGAAGGAGAAGACCAGCACCAUGCUGGUGGGCCUGCGGCCGGGUAUGGAGUACAAGGUCCAUGUGUGGGCCCAGAAGGGGACCCAGGAGAGCAAAAAGGCCAACACCAAGGCCCCCACAGACAUUGAUGGUCCCAAAAACCUGGUGACUAAGCAGGUGACCGAGACCACUCUCACUGUCUCUUGGGACCCAGUGGAGGCUGACAUCGACAGGUACAUGGUGCGUUACACCUCUGCCGAUGGAGAGACCAGGGAGGUUCCAGUGUCAAAGGAUCGGAGCAGCACCGUCCUCACAGGCCUGAGGCCUGGCGUGGAGUACGAGGUCGACGUGUGGGCCCAGAAGGGGGCCCAGUCUAGCAGGAAAGCCAACACCAAGGCCCCCACAGGCAUUGAUAGCCCCAAAAACCUGGUGGCUGAGCAGGUGACAGAAAACACUGCCACUGUCUCCUGGGACCCAGUCAAGGCCGACAUUGACAGGUACGUGGUACGCUACACGUCUGAGGAUGGAGAGACCAGGGAGAUUCUUGUUGGGAAGGAGGAGAGGAGCACUACCCUGACGGGCAUGAGACCAGGCGUGGAGUACCACUUUGAUGUGUGGGCCCAGAAGGGGACCCAGGAGAGCAGAAAGGCGAGCACCAAAGCCCCAACAGACAUUGAUGGCCCCAAAAACCUGGUGACAGAGCAGGUGACCGAGACCACUCUCACUGUCUCCUGGGACCCGGUGGAGGCUGACAUCGACAGGUACAUGGUGCGUUACACCUCUGCCGAUGGAGAGACCCGGGAGGUUCCAGUGUCAAAGGAGGAGAGCAGCACCGUGCUCACAGGCCUGAGGCCUGGCGUGGAGUACGAGGUCGACGUGUGGGCCCAGAAGGGGGCCCAGUCUAGCAGGAAAGCCAACACCAAGGCCCCCACAGAUAUUGACAGCCCCAAAAACCUGGAGAUUAAUCAGGCAACAGAGGACACCCUUACUAUUUCAUGGGACCCAGUGAAGGCUGACAUUGACAGAUACGUGGUGCGCUACACUUCUGCUGAUGGAAAGACCAAGGAAUUUCUUGUUGGGAAGGACCAAAGGAGCACUGUCCUGAGAGGUCUGAGGCCAGGUGUGGAGUACAAGGUUGACGUGUGGGCCCAGAAGGGUGCCCGGGAGAGCAGGAAGGCCAGCACCAGGGCUCCCACAGACAUAGACAGUCCCAAAAACCUGGUGACUAACCAGGUGACAGAGAAUACAGCCACCAUCUCCUGGGACCCUGUGCAGGCUGACAUCGACAGGUACAUGGUGCGCUACACCUCUGCCGACGGUGAGACCAGGGAGGUUCCAGUGUCAAAGGAUCGGAGCAGCACCGUCCUCACAGGCCUGAGGCCUGGCGUGGAGUACACUGUCCACGUGUGGGCCCAGAAGGGAGGUCGGACAAGCAAGAAAGCCAACACCCAGGCCCCCACAGAAAUUGACAGCCCCCAAAACUUGGUGACCAAUCGGGUGACAGAGAAUACAGCCACCAUCUCCUGGGAUCCAGUGCGAGCCACCAUCGACAGGUACAUGGUGCGCUACACCUCUGCUGACGGCGAGACCAGGGAGGUUCCAGUGUCAAAGGAUCGGAGCAGCACCGUCCUCACAGGCCUGAGGCCAGGUGUGGAGUACACGGUCCACGUGUGGGCCCAGAAGGGGGCCCGGGAGAGCAAGAAGGCCAACACUGAGGCUGUUACAGAUAUUGACCCUCCCAAAAACUUUCGUCCAUUUGGUGUAACACAUACUGGUGGGGCAUUGACUUGGAUGCCCCCCUCUGCUCAGAUCGAUGGCUACAUUCUGACCUACCAGUUCCCCAAUGGCACAGUGAAGGAGGUGCGGCUCCAAAGAGGGGAGCACCGGUUUGAGUUGCAAGGCCUUGAACAGGGUAUCACCUACCCUAUUUCCUUGGUUGCCUAUAAGGGUGAUCGUCGGAGCAGAAGUGUGUCCACCACCCUCUCCACAGUGGACGCCCGUUUUCCACACCCCUCGGACUGCAGCCAGGUUCAGCAGAACACCGAUGCUGCCAGUGGACUCUAUACCAUUUACCUGAAUGGUGAUGCUGACCGGCCUAUGCAGGUGUACUGUGAUAUGGACACAGAUGGAGGCGGCUGGAUUGUCUUCCAGAGACGGAACACUGGGCAGCUGGACUUCUUCAAGCGUUGGCGGAGCUAUGUGGAAGGUUUUGGGGACCCUAUGAAGGAGUUCUGGCUUGGACUUGACAAACUACACAAUCUCACCUCUGGAACUCCUACCCGGUAUGAAGUGAGGGUGGACUUACAGACUGCCAACGAAUCUGCCUAUGCUGUAUAUGAUUUCUUCCAAGUGGCCUCCAACAAGGAACGGUACAAGCUGUCAGUUGGGAAAUACAGAGGCACAGCAGGGGAUGCUCUGACUUACCACAAUGGAUGGAAAUUCACAACUUUUGAUAGAGAUAAUGACAUUGCCCUCAGCAACUGUGCUCUGACUCAUCAUGGUGGCUGGUGGUAUAAAAACUGCCACUUGGCCAACCCUAAUGGCAAAUAUGGGGAGACCAAGCACAGUGAGGGAGUAAACUGGGAGCCGUGGAAAGGACAUGAAUUCUCCAUUCCUUAUGUGGAACUGAAAAUCCGUCCCUUUGGCUACAGCAGAGACCGUUUCUCUGGCAGAAAGAAGAGGUCUGUGGAAGGCAAGGCUAGAGUGUUCUGAAGGCUCAUCGGGGCCAUCUUUGCAGAAGACAGGACCAGCUGUGGUUGGGGCUAUAUAAGCUUGGGAAAGGGUGGGUGGUGGUGGCUGGGGACCUGGAGGUUAAAGGAUGCUCAUAGCCAAUAGCAUCUUAAAUGGCUGGUCAACCCACAGAACAAACGAUAGCACCUGCUUCAACUCCUUCCGUGCCACCUGUAUCUUUGCCUGUCCUCUGGGAGGCCUGAAAGGCAUCAAUGUCAACGUUGCAUAGUAUGUAUGGAUGGGACAGACAGUGCUAAGAUGACAAGGUUUUCCAGUAUGUUUUUGGUAUCAGAUGUAUUGGAUUAGGACAAAAGGAGAAAUUAUUCACCCAGUACCUCAGUAAUUGGAAAUGUCUAGAAAUUGCUAGAAGUAACAGCACACACACAUACACACACAGUCACACACCCUGUAAAUCUUUUUAAAAGAAGAACCAAAGAGAUGUCCCAGUCCCUGGGGCUCAGGGCUAAGGCAGACGACCUGAUGCUUGUUGCUUUCUGCUCUCCUUGGGUUUUGAGGAAAAAGUGUGAACCUUACUCCCGUUAAAUGGCUGGUGUUAUGAAGAAGAAUACGAGAGUAAAAGGGGACAAAGAUGUAUUCACAUUUAGCUAAGUUUUGACUAGUCUCCAGCGAGCUGGAAACCAAAGCUCCCAUUUUAUUGCUAUUUUUAACUGCCCCCUUUCUGGCUAUUUGCAUAAUCACUCACAUGGACCUGCAUAUGCUGUAAAUAAAUCCUUACUCAUUUCAA